CUUUGGUGUUUGUUUAUUGAGGUGGCUGGAUCUUCUAAUCAGUUGGGGCACAAGAAACCCAGCCAGACCUCCCUCUGCAGAUGCAUGGAAAAUUUUAAAAGCAGAGCUUAGCAUGGUUCGUUUGUGUGACGAUAGUGGAUGAAGGAUUCCUCCUGCUCGUCCUCCUUGUCGGCGGCGGGCCUCGUCGACACCUCACCCACCGUCUUCACCAUGCUCGACCACCCAGCCGACCUCGCCCGCGCAUCAGCCACCAUCUUCACCAUGCUGGAUGACCCCGCCGACAUCGCCCGCGCAUCCGCCGUCUCACACUCCUGGCGUCAAUUCGUUAUUGCCAACCAGUUCAGCAAGCUGCAGUGCCUACGGGCCUGCCCGGAGGUGUCCACCUUCAUGCACGUCGAUGUCACCACCUCCGGCUCCAGCACCACCACCACCACACGCCAGGAUCAGCUCGACCGGGAACACAGGGCGUACACACACCUCGCCCACGGCCUCCUCUCGCCGUACAAGCCAAGGGACUGCAUCAUCCACUGCAUCGGCGCGUCCAGCACUGACGAAUUCCCCAUGGAGACCAUCGAGAACACCCUUCACCGCCUCGACCAGCUCAACUUUAGACCCUGCUACUGGUCCAGCCGCGGCAACAGGGAUCCCGCCGCGCCCGAGUGCCUCAUAUACAGGCUCCAGGCGGAUCUGUGCCUCGUCGAUGAGAUCAAGAUGAAGCCCUACAAAGCACUUUUCCAGAUUGGUGACCCGAUAUAUUCGGCAAAGAGCAUCCGGUUCCAGAUGGGCUAUCCAAGGUCACCGCUACGCCCUGAAGCACUUGUGUGUGAUGAAAAUGAGGGACAGUUAAUUGACGACAGAAACUAUGUCUGGACCUACACAUCUCCAGAAUUUCCAGUGCUGCAGGAAGAUGUUCUGCAAUCUUUCAAGUUACCACGCCAGGUUCUUUGUAUUGGUGGGGUGGUGAAGGUUGAGCUUCUUGGGAGAGCUCAGAAGCAGGCAAUUGAUGGUCUCUACUACGUGUGUGUGUCUCAUGUCCAAAUACUGGGGAAGCCACUGUCACGAGAGCUCGGGGUUGUUCCUCGUGGAAACGGCCUAGUCCUGAAUUACUAUCUGGAUCCCCGCCAGCGAGUCAUCAGGGGAUGAUGCCGCAGCAGGUGGCAUAGCUUGGCGUCGAGGAUCUGGCAUUCUAGAACUGCGCGAGGGAUUGGAGGGCUGAACCAAACGCUGUUGAGCAGCCUGCUCGGUGCUCCAUUGCUACUUGUGGUCGUAGCCGACGAAUCAGAGGAGGUGGAUCUUCCUUAGAAGAAGAGCAAUAAUUAUAUAUUUUUGGAUUUGAUCCUCGAGAAAAGAAACAUAUGAUAGUUACUGCUACAUACAUAUAAACACCUUGAUUUUCAUCCCUCCAAUGGAGAAAAGACUGGUUGCCCUUUGUGGUGCUGUGAGAAAAGUACUUUGCUUGUAACAGAAGACAACACAAUUCUCCGAAAAGGAGGAAUGCCCCGGA